AUGACGGUUGCCAGGUACAGACAGACAGCAGAGAAGGAGGGCUACUACCAUACAGGGGUCAAGGCCAAUCUCCAAGCCCAGCCUGCCUGGUUACUGCAGCCCCAUGUCAGUCUAGAGCUCAACAGAGCUCAGUCCAGUGCCCACAGGGUUAAACUGACCCUGUCCACCCUGGUAUCUGCCCCCCCAGACCCCCCAUCCCCACACUCCUGGGUCCUCAUCCAGACCAACCACACCCACACAGCUUUUACUGCAGCUGCAGACAGCCAGAUCCACCUGCCCUGCCCUGUCCUCAGUUCUAUUGCAGACCUAAGCUCUCGAGACCCCAGGCUCCAAUGGGUUUUCCCAGAUGGUUCAACAGUCUCCUCUCCCUACCGCAGCUCAGAUGGUAGGAUCCGGGUGUCUGGCCAGGGGCUGGUCCUGCAGAGAGUGGAUCACUCUGAUGCUGGACUGUACUACUGCGUGGCCCGGGCGGGGGGAGAUGUUGAUGUUCUCCCCCUCCGUCUGGCGGUGGUAGAAUCAUCCAACCCUCCCCCAGGGGAGGAGCUUGGCCCUGCUGUGACUGGAUUGGUUGGAGACCCUGUCAGUCUGCCGUGCGAGGCCUCUGGUACACCGAGGGUUGAGGUGAACUGGGUUCUUCCUGGCGGGAGAGUGGUAGGGAGUAGGAACGAGGGGAGGAGAAAGGGGGCGGCAGGGGUGAAUGUCUUGGCCAACGGUACCCUGUCUCUCCCCCUCCCUGCGCUGGGAGACGCAGGCCUGUACCGGUGUGUAGCGGUGAACCUGCACGGUGUUGACUCUCUCUCCACCAGACUGACGCUCAUCCCGCAUCCUUCUGACACCUCAUCACGCAUGAGAUAUCCCAUGAGGCCACAAUCUGCGUUGGGGGUGUCCAACAGGGUACCAGCCCCUUUGAGUGAGGAGGUUGAAGAGGGGGGGUCAGGAGAUGACGAGGGGGAGGAGGAGAACAUGCUGCCCACCAGGGCAGGUUACAACAGGACACGGCGCCCCCCCAUCAGAUCCCACACGGUGAGGAUGGAGGGAAGCAGACCACCCCAAAAGGGCAAGAGGCCCUUGAGGAGAGGCUUCCCUGUGGAGCAGAGGAGGAACAGGCUGGAGGGCCGGCGGAGCUUUAACCUGGCCAAGCACAAGAUAGACCCUCAGAAAUGGGCCGACCUGCUGGCUAAGAUACGUGAAAGGACUGCCCCUAAAGACUCCCUGUAUGUACCACCCCCAACGAGAUCACAUACUAUCACCUCAGCCCCAACUGAAGCACAGACAACCACCCCAACUGAAGCACAGACAACCACCUCAACCCCAACUGAAGCACAGACAACCACCUCAUCCCCAACUGAAGCACAGACAACCACCUCAUCCCCAACUGAAGCACAGACAACCACCUCAACCCCAACUAGAGCACAGUCAACCAGAAUACAGACAGAUAGCAGACAUAUAGAAAGCAAUGACACAACCAGAACGCAGACAACCAGAACAAAUCCAGGCAGCACACAGCCAGAAAGUACACAGACAACCAGAAGAAAGCCAGGCAGCACACAGCCAGGCAGCACACAGCCAGACAGAAUACAGACCGAGAGAAUACAGACAACUAAAACACAGACAACCAGAAUACAGCCAGACACCACACUACCAAACAGCACACCAGAGGUAACAGUGGGAAGAAACUCAGAUCAACGUCCUGUAUUGGACUCAGAGGCUGAUUCCUCAAAGAGUUCUUCCAUAGAUGUCCCCAGUCUACAGGAAGAGGGGUUAAACGCCGUCCACACAUCACUAUUCCCAGACCUGCUAACAAAGGAUAGAGUGGCCCCAGAGACACCAAACACUGCAGAUCCGAGCAAUAACUUCCCUCAGACCCCUCAGUCAAACACAGAAACAGAGACAGGGACAGAAACAGAGACAGAGAGUUCUCCUAAAAGCACAAAGCCAACCUACAAUGUCAAUGACAUUAGCACAGAGGAAAGGAGACAGAGUGUUACUCCUGUAAGGACCACAGGGGAGGGGGAGAGGACUGGAACACCAAACUCUGGAAAGGUAAUAUUCUCCAAUUCUGAUCCGUCACGACCCAGAAGCCCCUGGAAUGCCAGCAAUAGGCCUGGCCAGAGGAGACGCAUCAACAGACCCAGAGGACGACCCACGCCCCGCCAGAGCACCCCAGGUCCAACCUCCCCUCGCCAGAAUACCCUAAGUCCCACUACCACCAGAGCAGCACUUACAAAGCCCAGCGAACUGCCAGUAGCUACUACUACCAUUACUAUAAGCACUAUUACAACUACAACUACUACUCCAUCCUCUACUAGGAUCACUGCUCCAUCAAGCACAUCUGUCUCCCCCCCUGCCUCCCUUCCUGCCUUGCCCCCUUUGCCCCAGACACACACAGACAGGGUGACUCACUCAGCAAACACUGCUGCUCGGCUCCCUGACAGGUCCCAAACGACUGUCACACACACAGGCAAACAUACACCCACAGUUACUCACAGUCACACAGAAAAACAGAGUUAUGCUGAAACAGAGGGUCAGGUCGGGGCCACUCCAAAAGAGCAGGAUCCAUCUGUCUUCAACCAACACAACCCAGAGGAUGUCAAAGCAACAUCCCCUCGGUCUGGAACCACACCAGGUGGAACAACACCUACUGGUACUGAGAAAGAACCCAGUGAGAUAGAAUCCAGUGAGAUAGAACCACUCUACCCAGAAACUGAGGAAGAACUCAGUGAGAUAGAACCACCAGCAACUGAUGAAGAAGAACCCAGUGAGAUAGAACCACCAGCAACUGAUGAAGAAGAUCCCAGUGAGAUAGAAACACCAGCAACUGAUGAAGAAGAACCCAGUGAGAUAGAACCACCAGCCUCUGAAGAAGAACCCAGUGAGAUAGAACCACCAGCAACUGAUGAAGAAGAACAAAGUGAGAUAGAACCACCAGCAACUGAUGAAGAACCCAGUGGGAUAGAACCACCAGCAACUGAUGAAGAACCCAGUGGGAUAGAACCACCAGCAACUGAUGAGGAUCCCAGUGAGAUAGAACCACUCUACCCAACCACUGAUGAAGAACCCAGUGUAAUAGAGGGUGUCAAAGCAACUCCCCCUCAGUCUAGAACAACCACACCAGGCAGAACAACACCUACUGGCACUGAGAAAGAACCCAGUGAGAUAGAACCAGUCUACCCAGCCACUGAGGAAGAACCCAGUGAGAUAGAACCACCAGCCAUGGAUGAAGAACCCAGUGAGAUAGAACCACUAGCAACUGAUGAAGAACCCAGUGCGAUAGAACCACUAGCAACUGAUGAAGAACCCAAUGAGAUAGAACCACCAGCAACUGAUGAAGAAGAACCCAGUGAGAUAGAACCACUAGCAACUGAUGAAGAAGAACCCAGUGAGAUAGAACCACCAGCAACUGAUGAAGAACCCAGUGAGAUAGAACCACCAGCAAGUGAUGAAGAACCCAAUGAGAUAGAACCAGCAGCCACUGAAGAAGAACCCAGUGAGAUAGAACCAUCAGCAUCUGAUGAAGAACCCAGUGAGAUAGAACCACUCUACCCAAUCACUGAGGAAGAACCCAGUGAGAUAGAACCAGUCUAUCUAGCACCUGAUGAACCAGAGGAGAGACAGCCAGAGUCAGACAUAGACAGCUCUUUUUCAUCUACAAAACAACUACUGCCCCCAACUACAGCUAAUACAGCAGCUACCACGGCUUCAGCCAUCACCUCCUCUACAGUCAUCACCUUUAUUAGAAGAACUACCACUAUAACUAUUCCUACAACUACAACUACUACCACUAGUCCUACAACUGCUACCACUAUUCCUACAACUACUGCCACUAUUCCUACAACAACUGUUUCUACAACUACCACUACUAUUCCUACAACUACUACCACUAUUUCUACAACUACUACUACUAUACCUACAACUACUAUUUCUACAACUACUACUACUACUACUACUAUUCCUACUACUAUUCCCACUACUACUACCACUCCUACUAGUACAACAGUCUGGAGGAAACCAGGAGUAAACUCCAUCUCAGACUCACAUGGUAGUCGCUACCGCCCCCCAUCUUACCCCACCUACUCACAACACUCCAGCAGCCGGCACCCCUAUGUCAUCACUAGGCCUGACCCAGUCAGAACUCCACUUCAAACUCCACCCCCUAUAAAACACGCACCCUCUCUACCACACCCUGUCAAGCCAAAACUUCUUCUCCCAGAUGUUUUAGAGACCCCUUCCUCUGCAGUCCCCACCAACAGAGCUCCCUCCAGCCCCCCAAAGGCCUCCCCACCCACCACAGGCACUCAGGCUGGGCUCAACCCUGCCUCCACCCCUCCUCAUUCCCUUCCAGCGUCUCCAGACCGUAGUAUGACUGCCCAACGCCCCCCUCAGACCUCCGUCUUGCGUGUCCGGCCCCGUAUCGCUCCCCCUCACAUGCGCCCCAUGUCUGUCCCAGCUGAGAUUGAUGCCCUCCUGCCCUGCGAGGCCAUUGGACAGCCUCCUCCAACAAUCACCUGGACCAAGGUCUCCACAGGAGCUGUGAUGUCACUGGACUCCAAGGCAGAGCGUUUCCAGGUCCUACCCAACGGAACCUUUCUCAUCCGGAGUGUGCAGGUCCAGGACCGGGGGACAUAUAUCUGCAGCGCACAGAACUCUGUGGGCCUGGACCGUGCCAUGGUGACCCUGGAGGUCUGGUCCCGCCCACCCCACAUUCAGCUACCCAACCACAGAGAUGCAACGGUGCACCAGGGGGGUGAGGUGAGGUUGGAGUGUCGGGCUCAGGGGGUGCCGGUCCCUCUGCUGUCCUGGGUGCUACCUGACCGCUCCGUCCUAACCCCCGACCCUAACCCCAACCCUGCCCUUGGCCCUCACUCCCGGGUGUCUAUAUUCCCUAAUGGUACUCUGCGUAUCUUGGUGGCCGGCCCAGCAGACAGAGGACUGUAUCGCUGUGUAGCUUCCAACCCAUCAGGGGCUGGCAGUCUGUCAGUCCGACUCCAUGUGUCCUCCCUGCCUCCAGCCAUCCAGCAGCCCAGAGAGGAGAGGAUAACCCGGCCCGCUGGUAUGCCUCUCUACGCCCAAUGCUCUGCCCGGGGAGCCCCCGCUCCCUCCAUCCGCUGGAGGACCCCUGACGGCACCCUUCUGCGCCCAUCUCAAUUCCUCAACGGGAACCUGUUUGUCCUCCCCAAUGCCACCUUGCUGAUACGCAAGCUGGCCACUAAGGACUCUGGGAGCUACGAGUGCCUGGCGACUAAUGCGGUGGGUGGGGAUAAGAGGACGGUGAGGGUGGAGGUGACUGGAGAUGGAGGAGCUAGGAUUCUCUCCACCUCUCCAUCCAGUUCUAUAGUCAUAUAUGGUGAAUCUCUGCUCCUUCACUGUUCAGCAACCGGCAACCCAGAGCCUAGAGUGGUCUGGAGGACACCUGGCAAGAAACUAGUGGAUGCCCACUACAGUUUUGACAAGAGGAUGAAGGUGCACAGUAAUGGAACCCUGUAUAUCCAGUCCGUGACGGAGAAAGACGGGGGGGGCUAUUUAUGUGUUGCGCGAAAUAAGAUGGCUGACGACUACCGCAUCCUCCAGGUCACCGUGGUCACAAAGCCUGCUAAGAUUAAGCCAAAGCAGCCAUCCAAUCAGAAGGUGGUAUCGUAUGGAGCAGCUCUAAAGGUAGACUGUCUGGCGACCGGCCAGCCCGACCCCGCGGUAAGAUGGAGCCUGCCGAAUGGAACCUCAGUGAAAAGUGUCCUGUUGCAGUUGGAAGAGAGAAGGGGGCGCAGUCGGCGACUGGUGGUGUUUGACAAUGGAACACUGUACCUCCCCUCAGUGGAGAUGGGGCAGGAGGGGGAGUAUGUCUGCCAUGCUGAGAACCAUGGGGGUAGGGACACUAUGAGGGUGAUGGUCAAAGUCCUCACCUCACCCCCCUCCUUCCCCAGCACCAAAUAUGAGGUAAUCAAGGUGCAACAAGGGGGCCAGGUGGCUCUGAACUGUGGGGCCAAAGGACAGCCUGUCCCUACGAUCACAUGGCUCUCUCCAAUGAAUCGUGUCCUCCCAGUGGAAGGAUCAGGUCCGGUUGUGGUGCGGCAAGAUGGGUCCUUGGUGAUCCAGGGGGCUAGAGGGGCUGAUGGAGGAAAUUACACCUGCCGAGCCAGCAACGCUGCUGGGGAGAGGAGCAAGGUGAUGGGGGUGGAGGUGAUGGUGACCCCACCCAGCUUUACUCUGAAUGGGGCUGGGGGUGGGAUCAAUGGGGCAGACAGACAGACAGCUGUUGUUAGUGGUAGUGGACUCAGUGCUGUGAUCUCCAUCAGUCAGUCUGCAGGGAGGGAUCAUAGGGUCAGUGCAGGUAAUUGUGUCAAUAAUAAUGGAGACAGGAAUGUAGGGGACCAAAGGGUCUCAGCAGUUAGAGGCCAGACAGUUCUUCUGCCAUGUCCAUCCCAGGGCUUCCCUCCACCCCGCCUGGCCUGGUUGCUGCCCGGUAACGGGGUUCUCCCGGUGCCCUACUAUGGCAGCAGACUCACCGUGCACCGCAAUGGAACCCUGGAGCUGAGGGGGGUGAGGGCAAGCGACGCCGGCAUGUUGGUGUGUGUCAAUCGCAGUGAGAGGGGCGAGGCUCGGAUAAUGGUACACCUGGAGGUCUCAGACACAAAGGACACACCUCACUCCAGAGGCUCAGUGACCACCGAGAAACCUUGCCCUGUAGGCCCAGUCAGCACAGAGCAACUUCGCACAGGAGGCCCAGACACAGAGGAGACACCAAGCCCCAGAGGCCCAGUGACCACAGAGAAAUCUCGCCAGGAGACACCUCGCCCCACAGGUCCAGUCACCACUGAGAAACCUCGCCCCAGAGGCCCAGUGCCAGAGGCAGGAAGGAGUGUCGUCCUGGAAAGGAAGCCUGUGGUCACCAGCAUAUCAGGCUCUCUGGUCAGCAUCAUCAACGGAGAAAAUCUACAGCUACCCUGCCCCCAGACAGACAGCCCCAGUCAGGGCUCCAGCCAGACACAGUCUCUGACCUGGAAGUUGCCCAGCGGGGUGGUCGUGUCUCGGGGCCAGACAGCAGGGACGGGUCGGUACUCAGUCCUGGAUGACGGGACUCUGACGGUGCAGCAGGUGUCUGUGUUCGACAGGGGGACCUACUCCUGCCGAUCCACCAAUCAGGACACGUCGUCUAUCCUGACAGUUCCAGUGAUUGUCAUCGCCUACCCCCCUCGCAUCACCAAUGGCCCCCCUCCCCUCACCUACACCCGUCCCGGGGUUGACGUUCAGCUAACCUGCUACGUCAUAGCAACCCCCCGAGCGACCAUCACCUGGGAGAUGCCAGACCAAUCCCAGCUCAGGGUCACAGGUCAGGCCCGUCUCUAUGGCAACCGGUACCUGAGUCCCCAGGGUUCCCUGGUGAUCCAGAACCCGACCAGCAGAGACACAGGGUUCUACCGUUGUUCUGCAUGGAACGUCAUUGGAGCCGACACCAAGGCCACUUAUCUACAUGUGAUCUAACAGAACACACACACACACACACAUCAUUUUUGCCCAAAGAAACUGCAAAGUUGAGUGCAAAAAAUACUGUUAAACUAAAGACUGAAGUGUUGAUAAAAGGUUGUAAAUAGAGAAUUUAAAAAACACAUGCAUCUUAUAGCCAGAGUGUGUUAAAGUUGGAAAAGCAAUCAGCAGCUCUGAGAAGCACCAGCAUCCAUCAGUAAUAAAUAACAGUGUCAACACAUACUAUAUCAGGCAGUAAUAACAUCAGCUGUUGAAAUACACAUCAUGCAAUACAACAUAUUCAGCUCUGUAUUACAACCUGUAUGUUUAUGUGAACCUUUACCUCCAUAAUAUCUUAAAGCGGCCUAAUUUAUCUUGCUGUAUAGUUGUGUAUUGAUGAGCAGAGCAAAUGUAUGACAGUGGUCACAGAACUCCUCCAGUGAUAGUUCUGUGGAGCCACAGGAGUCUGCAGUGCUCUGUUUCUGCAGCGCUCUGUGUCUGCAGCGCUCUGUGUCUGCAGCACUCUGUGUCUGCAGCUCUCUGUGUCUGCAGCUCUCUGUGUCUGCAGCUCUCCAACCCUGCAGGCUCGACCACUCCUCCAGCCAUAGGCUGUACAUACAUCCCAGAUCAUGUCAAAUAAACACAACAGAUGCCAAGUCUUUGAAGAUGGUAUUUGUAGUAAUUACAUAUGUUUAAUAUACAGUAGCAAAGAUUUGUGUGUGGCUCCAGUGUCACAUCAAGCAUGUGUAAUAUCCAUGUGAAAGCUGAUAUCAUUCAUGUUUUUAUAAACACUCCUUUUGUGUUUUCAUUUCAUUUAAAUUAUUUGUCUUGUAAAGACUGUGAUGUAAAGUUGUUAUGUUGUGCUUCUAGUCAUAAAGA